AUGCUGGUGGGGCCAAAGGCCGACGCGGGACGCGAGCGCAGGGUAGCCGAUAGCAAGGCCCGGGCGUCGCAGGCUCGGGCGGCGGCCAACGAUGAUGGUCUCGUUGCCUCUAUCCACGGCCAGAUCCGGGCUGCCAAGGCCAGGCGCGAGGCGAGGCUCGCUCGCAAGCGAGAGCGGCUCGGCAAGCUGGCUGCCAAGGCAGAAGCUAAGGAGGCCGCGCAGAUGGCAGCGCUCAAGCGCUCGCUCGGCCUCGAAUGA